GAUCCAGCCCACUGCGUCGCAUUUCAGUCCUGUCGUCACUUCCGUCCUCUUCUCUCGCUUCCAUCUUGCUCUCCGCGUGUGUUUGCUGCUAGCGUGCAGAUGAAAGAAACGAUAAUGAACCAGGAGAAAUUAGCCAAGUUGCAGGCACAAGUCCGCAUUGGUGGAAAGGGUACAGCCCGCAGAAAGAAGAAGGUGGUCCACAGAACGGCCACUGCUGAUGACAAAAAGCUUCAGUUCUCUCUGAAGAAAUUGGGAGUAAAUAACAUCUCUGGCAUUGAGGAGGUGAACAUGUUCACAAACCAGGGCACGGUGAUCCACUUCAAUAAUCCCAAAGUGCAGGCCUCACUGGCAGCCAAUACCUUCACCAUCACAGGCCACGCCGAGACCAAGCAGCUGACAGAGAUGCUGCCCUCUAUCCUCAACCAGUUGGGUGCUGACAGCCUGACCAGUCUGCGCAGACUCGCAGAGGCCUUGCCCAAACAAGCUGGUGAUGGAAAGGCACCGGUAGCUGCUGGAGAGGAAGAUGAUGACGAAGUUCCAGGUCAGUAUGCUGCUCUGAACUUUUUUUUUGUUGCAAUUUCCUUUUUUAUUUUUAAACAAUCAGCUCUCGUGUCUUAACUUGCAACAAAUACCAUAAGAUUAUUUGCUUACAUUUUCUAUUAUUUCUUGUGUAUUUUAUAUGCCCCUUAGCUUGAGCUCCACAAUUAUUACCAUAUGGGUUUCUGUGCAUGUGGUAAUGCAAGCAAAGCACCCUUGCUCAUGUUAGGGCAGCAUCUCAUCUUGUGGUGUGGAAAUGUCCAAAAAAGGAAGGUUUCAGCAGGUUGUCUUGGCUUUUGCACCGUCAUCAUAUACAAGUGUUUAAAAUCUCCUCUAUUGUUUAUGAGUACUGAAAGCUCAGUUUGCUUUUCUUUUGAAAGAGAGGGGGUCAAACACAUACGGUUGCCUUUACAAUUCCCCAGUUCUCCUCCCUGAUCAAACUCCAGUUAGUAACCCAAGUCUUGCACAUGUACAGUAUGAUUACAUCCCCAACACUGCAAAAUGAGCUCACCCGUGCGAUGACAAAAAGAGGUUAACAGCUUGUGCCAUUGUGCCCAUUACUGAGAUUCAACCUUUUCUGUCCCUUCUGAAAACAAAGUCCAGCCUUCUGUUAGUGAUUUCCAUUCUGAUGCCCCAAGGCAGAAAAGUUGCUGGUCCCUUUUUUUUUUCCAUCUCCUAAAAGGCAACCUGCUUUUGAUCCUCUGUGGUUUCAUUUUUACAGCUGUGGACUUUUCAGUCCCCAAGUGCUCGUUUGUUCUCUAUGGAAAUUACUUGCACACGUGGGCACACAAGUGAGAGAGAAGCACAGAAAUUUCCUUUACAGAUCAUGUUUCUUUAAACAUUCACAGAUUGUUUAUUAAAGAUGAGAUUUAGUUUGUUACUCUCACAUUUGUCCAGUGUUUCUUCAUAAAUCCUGUUUUCCCUGUGUUCAGAUUUAGACACUCUGAAUUGUCAUUGACUACAGGUAGAGCUGGUAUUUGAUUGAAUCCUUGUUUUUCUCUCUUUGCAGACCUUGUGGAGAAUUUUGAUGAGGCUUCAAAGAAUGAGGCAAAUUAACGUCAUGGGAAGGAAAGACGUUUGAAAUCUCUGGUCUCAGCGGAGACUUGUGGGACUUUUUUUUUCUUUUCUUUUAUAAAUAUUUUGCAUCCCUGAAUCUCCUUUAUCUAUUUCGUGCACUGCUGUGACCCUCAUGUCGAAGCUGAGAGUGUGAGAUCGAUUGUACCACACAAGUUUACGCACAGUUUUAUGAGUGUGUGUGUUUGCUUGUGCUGUCCACGAAGCCAUCUUUGCCUACACCUUCCCUGUUACUGGGGCUCACUCAUUUGGAGCCUGUCUGAAUCAACAUCUGGAAAUAAACGUUUGUUAUUGACAAAA